AUGCUGAAGAGCCUGGCAGAGGUGCAUAUAGGUGCUCUUCUUUGGCAGAUACUAUGGAAUCAAAAACGUCUGAUCCUCCCAAAUCUCACAAACAAGUAUGUGCUGAUUACAGGAUGUGACUCUGGCUUUGGAAAUUUAGCAGCAAAACAGUUGGACAGAAGAGGACUAAAUGUUCUUGCAGCUUGCUUGACUAAGAAAGGAGCUGAAGACCUGAAAAAGGAAGGAUCCCAUAAGCUGCAGACUGUGAUCCUAGAUGUCACAGACAGCCAGAAUGUGAGCCUUACAGCCAAGUGGGUAGCUGAUAUUGUAGGAGAUAAAGGGCUCUGGGGCUUGGUGAAUAACGCAGGAAUAGCUCUUCCAACUGCUCCAAAUGAGUGGCUAACCAAGGACGAUUUCUUUAGAAUCCUGAAUGUCAACUUGCUUGGGGUUGUUGAUGUGACUAUUAAGAUGCUUCCUUUGAUACGAAGAGCACAAGGACGUGUAGUGAAUGUAGCCAGCAUUGCAGGCAGAUUUACUUUUUGUGGUGGAGGAUACUGCAUGUCUAAGUAUGGAGUCGAAUCGUUCUCAGACAGUCUUCGCCAUGAGAUGGCCCCUUUUGGGGUGAAGGUCUGCAUUAUAGAGCCAGGAUUCUUUAAUACACAAGUGACAGAUGCAAACCUACAGAAAGAGUGUGCAAGAAAAAUGUGGACACGACUUCCAGAAGAAAUCCGAAGGAGCUAUGGACAGCAAUAUUGUGAAAAAUAUUGCUCAAUUGCUGAGCAAACUUUGGCAACCUGCAACACGAAGUUGACUCUGGUGUCUGAUUGCAUGGAGCAUGCCCUGACAGCUGAAUACCCCAAGACACGCUAUUCUGCAGGCUGGGAUGCCAAGCUGCUCUACAUUCCACUCUCUUACCUCCCUACUGUAAUCACCGAUUUUCUGGUCAGCUUAAUCUACCCUAAACCAGUCCAGAAAGCUUAA